AUGCGGUAUGCUGGCUUGCUGGCGAUAUGGUCCUAUGGCGGCUGGCUGGCAGGCGCCGGCGCGAGCGGCAUGGACGGUUUCGCCGCCACCGUCGGCUGCGGGCCGACGGACCGCACGCACGUGCCCGGAGGCCGAGCCCGCUGCAAGACGGCCCUGGAGCACGACUGCACCUCGAUGGUGACGCUCCAGAAGUUCUGUCCCGCGGAGUGCCCAUACGUCGCCCCGCACCCCGACCUGAGCUGCGUCUUCGAGUGCGCGCCUCCGGACUGGUGCCACCAGGUCAACGCAGAGUUCGCCUUCCCGAACGAGUCGUCCAAGCCAUUGGCUCAAGAUGGCUUGAUGUCGAAUCAACUGGUAUUGCAAUGGAAGUCUGUGACACGUCUGCCCUCCUUGAUGCGUCCGGGGCGCAAUCGCGUGGUGCAUCUCCAGAGUUUUUGGGCGAGGACGUUAUUCGAGGGCCUCUUCAGGCCGCACAACAUGAUCUAA